CUCUUUUAAAUAUGGUGGAAAUUCGAAUGCCCGCCUAGUUCUCGUGGCACUUGCCGUUUUCCCCGUUAAUCAUUAACUUAACACUCAUUAACUCAUCCCCGGGGCGAGCCUCCUGAAGCUUAUACCUGGCUGUCAUACAUAACUUUGAAUUCUCAACAGCUGAGCCAAGAUGGCCACCGACUACAAGACUCAGAUUGCUGACAGCCUGUUGGGGAAAACAGGAGAGUUCGACGCAUUCUUUAGACUCUACGACGAGCUCCUUAACAUUGGUUCAAGGAGCUUUGUAGUUCAGAUUGACAACCCAUCACAGCAGAACUCUCGGCCUGUUUCUCAUGACUCCAUCAUCAUAGCCGCAAAGGUUUUAAAAGCCCAAAGCUCCCUCAGCCUCAAGGACACCAAAGAGGCCAUCCAAAAACGUCUUACAGCACAGAAGCUCUCCUCGCUUGAGGUAGACAUCGUCUUGAAAGUGGCUGUACAGCUGGCCUUUAUGGUCCACCCCAAUGUUUAUGACUCCCAUGGGCCCGCUUUCAGAAUCGGAUCUUAUCGGCCUGCGUCCUGGUUGUCAGAAGAGAGUUUCACCGACUUCGUCAGCAAGUCGUUCCCCCAUGUGUCUUCAACGAGGAUAUCGCGAGUCCAGGAUGCUCUCGCGGAAGAAAAGUCCCUCAAGGCCUGGAAGUUGAAAGAGCGAUUGGGCAUCAAAUUCCGACCGACCAACAAUUUGGCUGAGCAUCUUGUCUUCGACCCCGACAGCCAAAGUCUUUAUUUGUUUCACCACGCUGGAUAUCUCAAGGCCCAUCUGGACUUGUGGGAGCCCAAGAAGAACUCUAGGGACAUUGGAAUAGGAGGAGCCAUCGCCGAUGGAACAUUGAGCCCCCGGUUGCUAGCCGAGACUCUCCAUUCACUUCAGUCUAUUCUAUUCCGAUGGGGCGACGAAAAGUCCAAGGUUAUUCUCAACGAACUGAUCAAAAAACAGGGCUUUGACAGCUCUUGCGCUAUUCAUGAAGGAUACAAAAUGUUCAAAGAUGGUACCGGGGAUUUUGUUUACACCUUCUGGGGAGAGAGGCUCGCAAGCAUCCAUGACUUGAUGCGUGAGCGUCCUCCUCGGACAAAGUUCCAGAAGUGGAUCAAGUGGCAAACCACAGAAAGAAACUUCUUCCUUGUCGGCGGCCUUGCCUUGAUCAUUUCUGCUGUUGUUGGGAUAUUAAGUCUUGGUCUUUCUGGGUUUCAAGCAUACAUUGCGUGGCAGGCGUGGAAAGUCGGAAACCAACCACCUACCUAGGAGUGGUUAACCAUUACUAGAUCAGCAAUGCCGACACAACUCUAACAUCCUCGGACGUGGGUCAGUAGUUAUCUACCUAGGUACGAAACCAAAGGGAUCCGAUAAUGCCACGAGGUCAGACGAAAGAAAGAAAACACAAAAGCCCGGUUUUGAUUCUGUUAUGCACCAACCUCCGACCUGCCGCCCCUUCAUAAAACCUUGCUAGCAUAGCAUCUUCUCCAUGUCCUUCCCAAAACCAGCUGCCACCUUUUGUGGUUUGCCGUCAUUCGACAACAGUGUCGCUGGACUUGCUCGGAUCUGGCUCUCAAUCUCAUCGCAAGCAGCAAAGAACUCCUCCUCCGUCUUCUUGUAGGUGCCCAUCCAAAUGGCUACA